AUGCGCUCCCCCUCUGCGUCUAACGACACGAUCGGCCUGGGGCAGAGCCACCCUCCUUCGCCGUUCCUCGCGCCGCCUUUUCUGCCCCCCCUUGCCGCUCCCCGCCUAUGCGGGCAUCCGUCUUGCGCCAUCCGCCGUAUCGCUGCCUUCCGGCGCCAGCCGCCUUACCGCGUUACAGCGGCACCGCCGCCUUCCGCCAUCCGUCUUACCGUCCCGUCUCGUCCCAACCCGUUUCGUCCCGUCCCGUUUGAAGCCGUGCCGUUGAAACUGCGUUCAUCCCAUUGGAUGCGCCGCGGCAUGGGAGUGGACCCGCGCCGCGUCGCGCUCGAAGUCGUGCGCGCAGCCGUCGCUAUUGCGCUGCUGCACGCCAUGAUGGCGGAGCUUCCGCCACCGGGGGAAACCACGGCGGACAACGGAGGCGGAGGCGGAGGCGGAGGCGGAGUACUCGGCGGGGAGGGACGCGGAGGAGGGGGAGGCGCUCGUGAAGGGAGAAUACUAGCGACCGCCGCGCAUUUCCCUUUGCCGGACAAUCCUCGAAUGCCCCCUUCCGUCCCGCCCCCCUUCUCCUUCCCCCUCAACCACUUUCCCCCGUCCGCGGGACUCCCGCCGCUUGAAUUGGCGCGCAGUGGCGGUGCUGGAGGAUCUCAAGGCGGAGUGGGGCGCGUUUCCGGGGAGUGCCACGUGGCAGAGGGGCAGAGAGUGCGCGCGGAUGGCGGGAGUGACGUGCGACAAGAAUGGCAACGUGCAGAAGCUAAGUUGGCGUGUGACAAGCCCCUGCCUUUAGGCGCCGUGGUCAAACUGAGCCUGAGCGCCGACUAUCAGCCCUGCUCCGUCUUCUACACCACUGUGCAGAACGACACGUGUGAGUCCAUAGCCGCCAAUUUCUCUCUCACCGCCUCCUGCUUGGACCCCUCCCAGCCCUGCACCACCGACCUCCUGAGCCUCAACCCGGGCCUUGAUUGCAGCAGCAGCAGCAGCAACUACCCGCUGCCCACCGGUCUCUCCAUCUGUGUGAAGCGAUCCACGCCAAUGGUGCCUCUAUGCAGGGAGACUGUGAGGGUUCAGGGCGCGAGGAGCGUGACGUGUGCAUCGUUGCUGGCGAAGGUGAAGUUUCCACCGAGUGCGCUGGAGCUCUACCGCAUGAACCCCGGCAUCUACUGCCACCGCCUGCUGCCGCCCUCCAAGGACUCGGGCUUCCCCGGCUCCGAGGUUUGUGUGCGCCUCAGAGCGGGCAUGACAAUGGGCUCAUGUCCACGGUCCGAGUUGUACCUUGCAACAGAUAAUGACAGUGCUGGUAGCAGUUCUUCUAGAAAGGAUACGGCUAGAUUGUCUAGAACACACGGGACUCGGAGUAGUCAAGAGCACCGGCAUGCGGCCACGGUGCCACGUGUCGUCUGGAGGCUUCUCCUCGUGAGCGGGCUCGUGAGCCUCUUGGGGUUUGUGUCGGCGCCAUGUGCGGCGUCUGAUGCGGCAAAGCGGUCCGAAUCACCUGACGACACGGCGGACGACACGGUGCGCGAGUGGGCCAUGCCCCAGGGCAAGAACCUCACACUGCACGUGCUCGCCGACAAUACAUAUGGCGCCAAGUGUCUGGACGGCAGUCCUCCGGGAUACUUUCUCCGGCGCGGCAGCGGCGCGGGGAAGGAGGCAUGGCACAUUUUUUUGCCAGGCGGGGGUUGGUGCGCCACAGCGGAGGACUGCGCUGCGCGCGCCACCACCGCGAUGGGGUCCACGCGGCCCUGGACGCCCCGCCGCAAGAGCGCGCGGCGCCUGGCGGUGCUGUUCAAGGGCAUUCUGAGCCCAGUGCGGCGGCGCAACCCCAACUUCUACGACUGGAACCUGGUGGUGCCGCUCUACUGCGACGGGGGCGGGUAUGCUGGGCGCGCGGGGUGGAAGAAGGUGAACGACAGCACGGCCAUCUUCAUGGACGGCUGGCGCAUCAUGAAGGCCGUGCUCUCCGACCUGAUGGACCAAAGGGGCCUCAAUUCCGCGACGCAGGUGCUGCUGUCAGGGUGCUCAGCAGGGGGGCAGGCGGUGGUGAUGCUGUGCGAUCAAGUUGAGACGCUGCUGCCGUCUGCCACUGUCAAGUGCCUCAUGGAUGGAGGUUUCUUUCUCGACGCAAGGGACAGGAAUGAUAACCUCCGCUUCCGCUCCUUAGUCAAACGUGUUACAUCACUACACCAGGCCACUGGAAACGCCCGCUGCGGUAGAGCCCACGAGGACGAGGAGAAAUGGCGGUGUUUCUUCCCUCAAUACGCUCUCGGUUACAUCGCCUCCACCGUAUAUGUGGUGAACCCCCUCUUUGACUACGCUGCUCUGAGCAUCGGCAACCAGCUGCCCAACAAGACGUCCAGCAUCGCACGGUGCCUGCACGACAUAACCGUCGACAUGCCAUCCCUCACUGAAUCCAUCCGGAACAACUCAUGGACAACGAUGGAAUUCAAGGAGAACAGCCCGUGCACAGAAAACGAGCAGAAGGCUGUGGUGACUGUUGCCGGGACUAUGUACAAUGAGGUGAAGGCACUUGUGAAGAAAGAGCCAAGGGCGUUCCAUUUCCCGUACGAGAGCGAAAGAGAAAGAGGGGUCAUUGCUGUGGGCGUUAUGGCGGCGGCUUUGGCGACCGUCUCAAAGGCGAAGGAUGGGUCGCACGUGUCGCUGGACGGCGUGCGCGACAAGAACGUGGGGCAGCUACGAAAGCUGAACGCGGCGAUGUUUCCCGUCAAGUACCAGGAGAAAUACUACAGCGACGCCAUGGCUGCUGGCGAAUACACCAAAUUAGCGUUCUACAGCGACGUGCACGUGGGCGCGGUGGCGUGUCGGCUAGAGCGCGAGGUGGGCAGCGGCGGCGGCGUGAAGGUGUACAUCAUGACUCUCGGCGUGCUCGCGCCCUACCGCCGCCUCGGCAUCGGCUCGUUGCUGCUGCAGCACGUGCUGAGCCAGUGCGAAGCCGAGGGGUCAGGCGUGCGAGAGGUGUACCUGCACGUGCAGACCAACAACGAGGACGCCAUUGCGUUCUAUUCCCGCUUUGGCUUCGCUAUAACGGACACCAUUAAGAACUACUACCGCCGCCUGCAACCCCCGGAUUGCUAUGUGCUCUCGCGCUCCUUUGGCCCGGGCGCGGGGGCCACUGCCGCCGCCCUGCAGAACGGCACUGCUGCUGCUCCGGGGCAAUAA